AAAAGAAAACGAUCUUCUCUCCUCUCUCUCUCCGAUGGCGAACAACUAUAGUUUGGCGAGUGUCCUAGGGGUAUUUUUGGUAUUCACGCUAUUUCACACUCCGAUCACCGUCUCCGGACAAAAUAUCCCAACGGUGGCUUUGUUCACGUUCGGCGACUCCAACUUCGACGCCGGAAACAAACAGACUCUCACCAAAGCCAACGUUCCUCAAGGUUUCUGGCCAUACGGAAAAUCCCGUGAUGACCCUAACGGCAAAUUCUCCGACGGCUUCAUCGCUCCAGACUUUGUCGCAAAAUUCAUGGGGAUUCCGAUCGAAAUCCCGGCGGCGCUUAAGCCUAACGUCAAUGUCUCACGUGGAGCUAGUUUCGCCGUCGCCGAUGCUACUCUUCUCGGUUCUCCGGUGGAAUCUUUGACUCUGAAUCAGCAAGUGAGGAAAUUCAAUCAAAUGAAAGCAGCAAACUGGAACGAUGACUUCAUCAAGAAGUCAGUGUUUAUGAUAUAUGUUGGCGCUAAUGAUUACUUGAAUUUCACCAAGAACAACCCUAACGCUGAUGCAUCUGCUCAACAAGCUUUCGUUACUACCGUGACCAACAAGUUAAAGAACGAUAUCAGCUUGCUAUAUUCAUCAGGAGCUAGUAAGUUCGUGAUCCAAACCCUCGCGCCAUUGGGUUGCUUACCGAUAGCCAGACAAGAGUACAACACCGGGAUGGAUCAAUGCCACGAACCUCUCAACAAUUUGGCUAAACAACACAACGAAAAAAUCGGACCAAUGCUGAACGAAAUGGCUAGAACCGCUAGUGGUUUCCAAUUCACCGUCUUUGAUUUCUACAAUGUCAUUCUUCGUAGGACGCAAAGAAACCUCAAUUACCGGUUUUUCAUAACGAACUCAUCUUGCUGCGGAGUUGGGUCACAUAAUGCUUAUGGUUGCGGUUUACCUAACGUGCACUCGAAGCUAUGCGAGUACCAACGAUCAUACCUAUUCUUCGACGGACGUCACAACACCGAGAAGGCGCAAGAAAUGUUUGGUCAUCUUCUUUUUGGAGCCGAUCCUAAUGUGAUCCAACCAAUGAACGUCCGUGAGCUCGUGGUUUACCCAGUCGAUGAACCUAUGCGUGAAGUUUGGGUGCCUACAACGUCAGCCACCGUCCAAGCCAGUGACUCUAGCUCGUCAUCAAGCCGCGGUUACGAGUUCUACUGAGUCCUAAAAAUCAAUCUUAAAUUUCGGGAUCAAUCUGGUUAUAACAAAAUCCGGAAUCUUAAUGUUUUUUGUUUGCAAUUAUUUUCUCUUCGUCUCUCUAGUGAGUUUCUCUCUAUAAUAAAAGAUUGAUCUUUGCAACCGUA